AUGGAUCGAUAUCUGGGGAAGCCCCUUCCGUUCUUGCAUGGUUGGCGGAAGAUUCCAGGGGACGGCAGCUCGAUUGGCGUCAUUGUAUUCUCCCCCGAUGCGACGUUGAUCGCCACUGGUGAUGAUAAAGGGAUGUUGAGUAUAUGGCAGGCGGCCCCUGCGUGGAGGGUGAUUCGGAAAUACUUCCUGCGGUCCAGAAUUCGGGGAUUAUGCUGGAAUCCAAUACACCAGCUCACUCUCUUCGUCGGUUGCGCGAGUGGUUGCCUCUAUACGUUUGAUUAUGUUAUUCAUACUCUUGAAAAGGAAUCCGCCAACGUUCGACAGCUUCCGGGCUAUAUUCAUUCAUUAGCAAUCAAUGAAAGUGCUAGUAAAUUGGCUAUUGGAUAUACGAACGUUGAGGGUGUUCACAUUGCCUUUGUUGAGGACCCAUGUGGGGACGUCCUCUUGAUUUCUUACUUCGGUCCGCUUGGCAUCCAGUAUGCGUUCACAUAUACAUGUGGCGAACACAGUGAAUUAAUGACCUUCUGA